AUGCCGCGAUCUUUCUUAGUGAAGAAAGUCAAACUGGACGAUUUCUCAGCUGCUGAGCUGGAAAGUUCCUAUGGCCACAGCCGGAGAGAGGAGCUCAGUCUGAGAUUCCAUCACCACGACAAAGGCUAUGUGAGUGAUUACCUGAGUUCAAAUCCUUACGAUGACGUCGUUGGAAGUGACACAUCGGUCAUAUCGAAAGUCCCCUCCCCGAGCCCCUCGUCCAUCAUCUACGGCCACAUCAACGACACCUACUCCACCAUUCACGGCGACAUCCAUGGCGACUCGGACCAGCCGGACAGCCCGAGGUCCGAGGUGUCCUCCUCGGCCGGUGGGUACAUCAACGGGGACGCGGCGGUCAGCGAGGGCUACUCCGUCGACGCUUUCUUCAUCAUGGACGGCCGGUCGCGGAGGAAAGUCGCGGGCAACCCGAGGGGGGCGGCGCAGAGGCACACCUGCAGCGAGUGCGGGAAGACCUACGCCACCUCGUCCAACCUGAGCCGGCACAAGCAGACGCACAGGAGCAUCGACAGCAAGAUGGCCAAGAAGUGCCCCACCUGCGGCAAGGUCUACGUGUCCAUGCCGGCCAUGGCCAUGCACCUGCUCACCCACGACCUCAAGCACAAGUGCGACGUGUGCGGCAAGGCCUUCAGCCGGCCCUGGCUGCUGCAGGGCCACAUGCGCUCGCACACCGGCGAGAAGCCCUUCGGCUGCGCGCACUGCGGGAAGGCCUUCGCCGACCGCUCCAACCUGCGCGCGCACAUGCAGACCCACUCGGCCUUCAAGCACUACAAGUGCAAGCGCUGCGACAAGACCUUCGCGCUCAAGAGCUACCUGAACAAGCACUACGAGUCGGCGUGCUUCAAGGGGGCCUUCUCCCCCAUGAGCUCGCUGAGCGAAUGA